UGACCAGUCACUUGACUAUAGAUAUUAGAAAAACAGCACCCAAAGAAAUCAUACUACCUCACCCAACUUCAUACAUUGUUCAUUCAAACUUCCCUAUUCUUCCUUUCUUCAAAUAAGCACUUAAUAUCAGAAGCGCGUUUAUAACUUAACUUAUAACAACACAAAAGAACUUGUCUUGUCAUUAGUGUGAGUAGCAUGGGUAUUGAAAGAGCAGGAGGAGGAGGGCUUAAGAGUUUUCGAAGCGGAUGGAGUGUGCCACCUAAGCUAUGUGAUUCUUGCAAGCUUUCUUCUGCCGCGCUUUUUUGCCAUUCUGAUUCCGCGUUUCUAUGUAUCAACUGUGAUUCCAGGAUUCAUUCUGGGAACAAGCUUUCCACGCGCCAUGAGCGCGUGUGGAUGUGCGAAGUUUGCGAACAAGCACCAGCCUCCGUCACGUGUAAAGCGGACGCCGCUGCUCUCUGCGUCACGUGCGAUUCUGACAUCCACUCAGCGAAUCCACUCGCCCGCCGCCACGAGCGUGUCCCCGUCGAGCCUUUCUUCGACUCUGCCGAAUCCGUUGUGAAAUCCUCCGCCGCUGCUGCCGCUUCCUUCAAUUUCGUCGUACCUACCGACGACGGUUUCAGCCAAGACGACGCCGAAGCAUCUACGUGGUUGAUUCCGAAUCUGAAUCCGAAUUUCGGAUCUAAACUAACCGAAACUCCAGAUAUCAAAACCAGAGAUAUGUUCUUCUCCGAUAUGGAUCCGUUUCUCGAUUUCGAUUACUCUAACAACUUCCAGAACAAUAAUUGCAACGCGAUAAACGAUAGCGUAGUUCCGGUUCAAACCAAACCUACUCCGGCACCGAUGAUGAAUCAUCAUAACUCAGAAGCUUGCUUCGACAUCGAUUUUUGCAGAUCGAAGCUAUCCUCGUUUAACUAUCCAUCACAUUCUAUCAGCCAAAGCGUUUCUUCUUCUUCGCUUGACGUCGGAGUGGUGCCGGACGGGAACGUGGUAUCGGAGUUUUCAUAUACUUUCGGUUCGGAAUCAAUGGUGUCAGGUGGUGUUAGUAGCAACAACCAAGGGGUGCAAGGAGCAACUCAACUAUGUGGAAUAGAUCGUGAAGCGAGGGUUCUAAGAUACAGAGAGAAGAGGAAGAACCGUAAAUUCGAAAAAACAAUUCGUUAUGCUUCGCGAAAAGCUUAUGCAGAAACCCGGCCUAGAAUCAAAGGCCGGUUCGCGAAACGAACCGAAAUUGACUCGGAUAUAGACGGCCUCUAUAAUAACCCUGCAGAUCCUCUCACCAUCCCUGCAUCACUUUUAAUUGAUUCCCCCUACGGAGUCGUCCCGACAUUUUAGUAAACAAUAUCUGAUGUUCUUGCAUAACUAUCGAUUAAGCCCGCAAAGAAAUUGAAAUGGAUGAAUAUGAAUCUCCUAUAAUGGUGUUUAUGGGAACAGUUGAUUAUUAUUAUGAUGCAUGAUGUAUGAAUCUGUCUAGAGUAAAAAAAAGGAGUAUUAUUACUUUUUUUAGUUGAAUUGAAAAGAAGGAAAGAGUUUAGGGGAGUUUUUGGUGAUAGUAUUAAUCUGGAGUAGAAGUAGAAUGUGUACUGUAAACUCAAUUUCACUGUUUAAUGUCCUAUUUUGAGUAAAAAAGAAGUGUCUUUUUCUAAAGGGAUCACGGAUCUCUUUCCUCGUUUUUAUUGGAUGGGGUGGCACUCCCCAACUGUGUAUGUGUAUCCGUGUUUUCUUUUUCUGAAUGAUUAAUAUAUUAACUUCCAGUCAA